AGCGCACCUUCAUUUUUUUCUUUCUUUCUAGAUUUAAAAUGUAUCGCGAAAAUAGCGGUAUGUCGAGCGAGGGAUUAGGGGAGAUGCUAAUGUUCGAGUAUUCACCGGCAGAGAGUCUUAUUAAUUUCGAAUUACCGUCGAACUUGAAUCCUGACAUCAACGAUUGGCAACUUAACGAUUUAGAUUUUCAUUGCGAUACGUUCGUUCACGGUUUGAAUGACUUUAAUAGAGACAGUUCCACUUUUGAAGAUAGCUCAAAUAUACUUUUCGAUUUCGACGAUUUAGACAAGAAUAUAGAUUUAGACGAUUAUCUUCUUGAAGCAUUGACAAGUGACAAAUCCAAUGAUGUGAUGCAAUCAAGCCGAAAUACUACAGAUGGCGACAGUGACUCUGCUCUAGGAAGGCUAUCUGUUCUCGGGAUCGACUUGGAAUCAACUUGUGUGCAAGAUAUUCAGUACUCUCCCAAUAAAUCAGAAAAAACGUGCGAAAAAGUGCGAUGUUUUACAACAGAAACGAAAGUGCGAACGUGGGGAGAGCCAACAUUCUGUCCAGAAGUCGGUGCGUUCCGGUGUCCGGUGAAAGAAUGCAGUAAAUUAUAUGCCAAAGCGUCGCAUGUUCGCGCGCAUUUACGUCGGCACAGUGGUGAGAAGCCUUAUCGGUGUACGUGGGGGAGCUGCAGUUGGCGUUUUGCUCGAUCGGAUGAGCUAGCGCGCCACCGCCGAAGCCAUUCAGGAGACAAACCUUACCGGUGCAGCGAAUGUGGCAAGAGGUUCGCGCGCUCGGACCAUCUUGCAAAACAUGGACGAGUCCACGCUCGCCGCGCGGCCGCCGCCAUCGCCGCUGCCAAACGAGCGUCUACCCAAUCAUACAGAAAUAGAAGACUGAUGUGAAUAUGUUAUUGCAAUACACCUGUGUUAAAAGACCAUAAAUCGCGCGGGCGCGUUAUAUUUUCUGUUUUAAAUAGUGAAUAUUAGUAAUUAUAAUAAAAUCCGUUACGUACCUACUUAUAACAAACAUUA